AUGGCGACCGCGGCCACGCUCAAGAUCAAGUGCCAGGACGCCGUGCACCGCGUGCCGCUGCAGGAGCAGCAGGUGAGGUACGAGGCCAUCGCGGAGGCCAUCCGCGAGAUCUACCCCGGUGAGGCCACCGCGAAGUACCUCGACGACGAGGGCGACCUCUGCGUGCUCUGCGCGGCCACGUUCUCGGACUUCCUGGCCAUGAGCGGCGCUGCCGCGGGCGGCAGGCCGGUUCUCCGGCUGGAGCUUUUCCCGGCCGCCCCGGCCCCCGCGGUUGCGCAGGAGGCGGAGCAGGGAGGGCAGGGCCCGGCCGGUGCGGCCGCCCACCCCCUGGCCGCCAUCAUGGGGGCCAUGAAGGGGAUGAAGGGUCACUUCAAGGGCUUGUUCCAGGGCAAGGGCAAGGGCAAGGGCAAGGGCAAAGGCAAGACGCAGCUCGGCGGCCACGCGGGCGGCGAGCUGGGGACGCUCGCGCGCGCCCUGCGGCAGUUGCACGCGGCCGGCAUGCUGGACGCCAGGUGCGCCGCAGCGGUGGUCGCGAACUCGCUGGGAGACCUGAUCGCCCUCGCGGCGGAGCACCCCGAGGUGAUCGACGGCGCCACGGGCGCGAAGCCCGAGGUCGCCCAGAAGGUCAUGCAGGCGUUGCUGGACCACGCGGCCUGCACCGAGGGCCUCGAGGACAGCGCGGGGAAGCUGCAGGCCGCCCUAGCAGGCGACGCCGUCCCCGCCAGCGAGGCGCUCCUGGCGCUGUUGACGGCGCUGAGCGAGCUGACGUUCGGCGCCCGCGUGUCCUUCCUAGAGGCCCUGUACACCAGCCAGCAGGAACACAUCGACUGCCUCCUCGACAAGGCCCAGCCGUUCCUGGCAAUGCUGCCGCCCAUGCCCGCGGAGCACGGCGCGCACAUCUGCGACGGCUGCGACCAGGGGCCCCUCCGCGGGCCCCGCUUCUCCUGCAAGACCAUCGGCGACUUCGACCUCUGCGCUCGCUGCUUCGCGGACAAGGACUCCAUCUGCGGCGGCAGGUGCGCGGGCCACGAGUUCGAGACGAUCGCGAGCACCGCGUGCGGAACGGGCCACGGCAAGUGCAAGGGCAAGGGACAGCACAAGGGCGGCCACGCCGUGGAGGCGUCCGCCGUGACCAGCUCCACGGACUGCGACAGCCAGGUGCCCGCAGAUGGCGACGGCCAGGCGACCGCGGACAAGGACACGGGCAAAGGCAAGGACAAGAACAAGCGUGAGGGCACCGGCGUGGCCUGCGCCAACCCAGGCUGCGGCUUCCAGGUGACCUGGCACGCGACCCACUGCUGCAACAUGUGCAAGAGCUCCGACGGAAAGGGGCACGGGCACAGGUGCAACAAGGUGCCCGUGGCAGACGCCGAGGCCACGGCCCAGGGGCCCCCAGCGCCCAGCGCUGCCCCAGCCAACUCCACAGACUGCGACAGCCAGGCCGAGCUGCGCGAGGCGCCAGCCCUGGCCGGCUCGACGCAUGGCGACAGCCCGGCGAGCACGGAGCAGGGCACGGACAAGGGCAGGGGCAAGAGCAGGAGCAAUGGCAAGGGCAAGGGCAAGGAAGGCAAGGACAAGAGCAAGUGCGAGGGCACCGGCGUAGCCUGCGCUUGUGGCUGCGGCUUCCAGGUGACCUGGCACAAGACCCACUGCUGCGGCAUGUGCAAGCAGAGCGACGGCAAGAUGCACGGGCCGAAGUGCAACAAGGUGCCCGCGCCAGACGCCGAGGGCGCCGCCCAGGAGCCCCCGGCUCUGGUCGCGGCGGCCGCGGACGCGACGGAGGGCAGCAGCACCGCCAGCUUCGACAUUUCCAUGCCCGUGGCCGUCGGAGACGGCCGCCACGCGAACCUCGAGUGGAACCUCGUCGACGACCCGCAGGAGGUCGCAGAGGCCUUCGUGGCGGUGCACGGCGUCGUGCCGGAGGAGCUGCCCACGGUGCGCCACUUCGUGGAGCAGCUCACCGCGGCCGCCGCGGCGGCGCGGCCCGAGUGA